AGAUUAUUGAGAACUGAAUGGCAAUGAAUAUCCUGUAAACAUUGAAAGAUAGGAAUAGAUUAUCCAGAUCAUUUUAAUCAACAACAAUAUAUCUUUAUCAGCAUGGAAUUCAUAUUAAUUUUUAUCAUUAAGCUUUUUUGCUCCUUUUCUCACUUUACUCAGACCUUCUCUGUCUACAAACUUGAACAAUUAGCUGAUUAACCAUUGACACUUGAAAGCAAAAAUAGUCUUUCGAUUCUCCCUCAAUUAAUUGAUUUAAUGAUUUUUCUUUCUCUCUCUCAUUCAGUAAUUAUUGAUAAGCAAAAUAGUGAUGGAUUAACUGACAUCGACUCUUCAUGACUUUAUUUUCAUUUACUAUUAGUUUUCAUCUCUAUCCUAGUAGAUUGUAUUCAGUUCAAUCUAAUAGGAUUAAAUUAUCAUGAGCUUACUGUUCAUCGAAGUAAAACACCAUCAAGUUAAUCAACUUACACUCAUACAAUCGACUAAUUGUCAAAUAACCAAUGGGAUUCUCUGACAUACUAUUUUCAUAAAUACAUAACUCAUCCUAACUGUGUAUUGUGUUUAACCCAUUCCCAAAUAACUUAUUUUCAUCAUCUGUUUUAAUUUAAUCAUCUUUAUUGGAAUGAUCUCUCAUCCUUAUUACUUAAUUAACCCCAUCUUAACAAUGAAAUCAAAGUCAUAUAAUUUUUUAUUAUUCAUCAUCUUCAUCCUUGCCUCUAGUCCAAUAAUUGUCUCAAUUGAAAAUGGAACCUCAGAUAUGGUGGUAACCAGUGCAUGGAAGAGGAUGCUUGGUGAAAAUAGACCUCCAACCGAUGACGAUUAUCUUUACGUAAUUGGUCCAAAUGCAUGUAUGAAUAUUGUUUAUAAGAAUCCACCGCAACCUAAUUGUGAUACGACCGGCAUUGAAAUCAGUUUCAUGUAUUGGGCCAAUUGGAAUAAAACUAAAUUCUCUGUGGUUAAAGAGGGAACUGAAUUAUUUAGAUUGGCUGUGAUGCCCUGCCAUCGAUCCAUGCCAGCCACCAAAUUUAUCCUUUUUGAUGAUUUUGAUCCAUCCACUUGGAACUAUGCUGUUUAUACUGCUGCCAGAAACAACGAGUUCAACUUUAAAUGUGAUAAAAGAGUUGACAUUGAAGUUUGCGAUAAUGAGGAUUACCAGGAUAAAAUAGAGCCAACCGAUAAUUAUUUGGUAGCAAUUAAGGAUAUUAACUUGAAAUACAUUUGUGUAUCGAAAAAUGCUCAAUCUUUACUUUCAAAUGAAUCGUGUAGUAGUGAUACUGAAUCCCCAGUUAGAUGUGUGGAUGCUACUUGUACUAAAGAUAAUUGUCCAUCAACAUUUACAAUCAAGGGUGGCUUUUGGUCAUCAGAACGAAUACCUGAACGCAGUGAAAAAUUUGGCGACUUUUGGUAUACAGAUGAAACACAUGAGACAGCGUCAAUUAUUUUAUCCGAGAAAGAUGACAUGAUGGCUUGUGUUGAUCUUGCAUAUUGGAUAACUGGUAAAAGUAGUAUUCGUGUCGAUAUUGGUGCGAUUACCCUUGAUUUUGAUACAACCCUUGAAACUGAAAGUAAUAAGUAUAAAUGGAAGACAAUCACUUUAUGCCCACGGUGGUUUGCUCAGGGCCAAGAGCAUCAAGGAGCUAAUGAAUCAGAAAUCACGUUAACAUCAAAUAUCUUCAAUAAAGAUGAUUUGGUGGCCUUUUCACUUGAGUAUCUUGGUUUACGCCGUCAAAGUCAAUACCGAACAGUCAACAAUUUUCUUCAUCAUUUUAGUCGUCCAGAAGCGAAAGGAGAAUGGACAAUUGUUCCCUCUUUUUUGGACACUUAUGCUGAUAACUCGACAAAUUUCUUUAUCGAAUUAACUUUUCCCGGUCAAAAGGACGGUAAUUCAUAUAUUUUUUCAAAAUGGUUUAAAUACAGUCCUGGACUAAGAUUCCGUGGUGUGUUGAAUGCUCAACAGCUUUUCGGAGCGUUUUCAGUAACGUUAAGUCUCCAUGAAUCAAAUGGUCACGUUGUCUUUUCAAGAAAUUUACUCAAAAUUGAUGAUGAUUCUCCAGACGAGAUGAGAUCUUUUAAACAUUUAAACGUUAAAUUUGAAAGCUUUGCGACCAAUGCUCUCAAAAAAUCAACAUUUUGCUAUAUUUUGAUUAAGGUCACUUAUAAUUCAACACAGGAAUCUAAAUUAAUUUUGAAUGAGGCUGAUGUUGGAGAUGGUUGUCGUGAAGGUGAAUUAAACUGUAUGGGCCAUGGAACGUGUAUCAAUUUGGAACCAGAUCAAUAUAAAUGCGAUUGUAAUCGAGGCUGGACUGGAUAUCAUUGUGAAGCAAUCAACUUUUGCCAAACUGUUGAUCCAUUUACUGGAUUUACAGGGGAUCAAUUUUGUAGCCAAGGUGAAGGAACAUGUAAUCCAAUGGCUUACAGUCCAGAUUCAUACACCUGUGAAUGUGAAAUAAUGAGAUAUUGGAAUUUAAAUAAAUCAUAUUCUAUGGAUAAAAGUAAACUCAUUCAGAUAAAAGGAAACUGCGAACCUGUGUCUAAAUGUGUUGGUAUGAUUGGUAUCUGUCCGCAUGGUUAUUCUUGUGAUGAAGAUACCUGGUCAUUGGAAAGGCCAUGUCAAGUAUGUAAUCAAGAUCUAGGCUUUACCAUGUACGAAGGGAAAUGUGUUAAAAUGGACGCUUGUUACAAAAGAUGUGGAACAGCUAAAUGUUUUCCAUUUGGUACCAAUUAUUAUUGUUACUGUGACAAUAAUCAUGUGUACGACGAAAACAAGCAAAGUUGUGUAUUUCCUGAAGGUUGUUCCCCUUGGAUAGCUCAAAAGUUGGGCUGUAGUCACUAUUGUACGGUACCCAACGGAGUUCCUAGCUGUGCUUGUCAUAGUGGUUACAAAUUCGUCGCAAGUGAUGGAAGUUGUAAACCGCUAUUCAAUUGUACAAUCUCUUGUCCAGAAGGAUCCGUCUGUGUUCUUGAUAGUAACAACAUGUCAACAUGUGUAUGCUCAUCUGGCUGGGAAUGGGAUGAAGGUACUGGCAAAUGUGUUGACAUUUGUAAAUUGGCUGAUAAUGGUAAUCGAAAGUGGCUUAAGUAUGUCCAUGAUACUUGUGGUGGCACUUCCCGUUGUAGUCUGAUCAACAGUCGUUUAACAUGUAUUUGCAAUCCGCCAACGGUUCGAACUAUGGAUGGUCUUUGUGAGCUUGAAAAAAUUUGCUUCCCAGGAAAUAGAGGUUUUGUUGAAUGUAAUACACGUAAUGCGUUGUGUGAACCUCGAUCGGACGGGCACACUUUUUCUUAUCGCUGUUUAUGUCCACCGGGUAAAACUUUUGUAGAUGGAUUUUGUAUUGAUAAAUGUAGGAAAAUGAAGUCUGAAUGUGAAUCAAUGAACGCUGUAUGCCGACUCAUCGAUGAAACAGAAGGAAGCCAUGUUGCAACGUGUGUAUGUCGACCAGGUUUUGUAAUGAAGUCAGGUUAUUGUUAUUUAGCACAACACGCGAUUAAAGCGACAUUCUUGGUUAAAAUAUCUGACAGUAAAUUGCAUAGAUUUGAUACAUCCGCAGACACUUUGGUGGAAACCUUUUGCAACAAAGUUGAUUCCAAAUUUCUACGAGAUUGUAAUAUAUACACUCGUGCUGUUAUCAAUCAGUGGUUCCAAACAGAACACGAAUCAUUCAUGGAUCGUAUAGUUGCCCGUUACGUUGAUUCAAUCUUGGCUCCUAAUGUUAAAAAAUUUGCCAACCAAAUGAUCGACUCUGUCACCUUGAUGUCCUAUGAAAAGGUUAAAAAGAAAGAGAAAAGGGAUACAAAUAUUGCUACACCAUCUUAUUCAUUAACUAUGCCAGCCAAGCACGAUAGUCGAGCAGUAGGUGAUUUUAAAAUAACUGUUUCAUUACAAUUAAAGAGUAAAUUCAUUGGUUUUUCGCCAAUGUUGGCAAUGUUUUGCUAUGACGUCUUUAGUCCGAAUGAUACAAGGUAUGAUUAUUGCAUGAUUCCGUCAAAAACACUAGUUCGUAAAGGAACCUUUGAAGAAUCUGAUUUAAGACCAUGUAAAGAACGUUCCAUUGAUUAUUGUCCAAAACAAUCAGCCUGUCUUCCUGACCAUGAUGAAACCAAAUAUAAAUGCGUAUGUGAUCCUGGAUUUACAUCACAAACUGCUAUGAAAUUAGACAUGGAAGAUCCAUCUUUAACUAAACACUACUGUGUCGAUGUUGAUGAAUGUUUUGCUGGUGAAACACUGUGCCAGGGCCAUUCGACGUGUGUUAACACUAUCGGAUCAUAUAACUGUGUCUGCGAUGACAAUUAUAUCGACGUUUUAGGGAAAUGUACAGAAUUAUGUGAAUUCCAAGCUUGUCAACAUGGCGAGUGUGUGAUUGCGGCAAAUCAAUCAGCCUUUUGCAGGUGUGAUCCUUGGUAUACUGGUGAUAAAUGUGAAAAAAUCAACAAAGUUGCUGUAUUUUGGCGAACAAUGACUAUUGUAGUUGCCUCAUGUUUAACAUCGAUUAUAGUGAUUUUCAUUGUGACGAGUAUCAUUGUUGCUCGAAGAUCAAAAUCACAUGCUGUUGAGAAUGGGUACCUUAAAAAUCGUAUUGAGCUGACUGACUCGAUGUACAUGCAACACAUAAGACCAACAAUGCGAAAUCUUCGGCAUCAACCAAUCUCUACAAAUUUUGACCUGCAAACCUAAGGAUCUGCCAAACUCUCGAUGAAUUUUAUCUGAAAUGGUUCACCAGUGCUUAAAGCCAAGAUGAACUUCUGCUGUGAUUGAUUUGCUUCCCUCUAAUAUCUUAUGAAGAUGGAUCAAAGUCUCUUAAACAUUAUACCCAUUGAAUUAUGUCUCAUAAACCAAGGAUAUUGGUAAUCUCUGAUUGUAUUCCUGGACUGAAGCAAGCUAAACCAGUGGAAAUAUUUAUCAGACCUGGUUGUUGAUAACAACUGAAAAAAUGAACGGAACUAAUUAAAAUGUCACCGUCAAUAUUGUAUAUACUCAGACCUUUGAGAAUUUCAAUCAACUAACGCCUUGUAAAGUAAUUUUUCCACCAAAAUCACCUCAAUUGAAGCCAAAACCAAAUUUUAUACCUAAAUACUGUUACAUUGCGAUUAUUUGAGAAAUCCAAAUAAAAGGAAAAAUUUCUUUUAUUUCUAAA